AACAGAAAAAAAACGGUUUCGUGCUAUUUGCGUGAGCGCUCGCGGUGACGUAUACGGAAGUGGAAACACCGGCGAUUCACAUACCGAAAUGUUGUGGCGGUACCUUGCUGCGAGAAAAGUGGACAAUUAACACAUUAGGGUGGCAUGUGUCAUGGCUCACGAUAAAAUCGCAACAAAAACAGACACAAUGUCGGUUUUUCCGAGAAUUUCUCUGAGGCCGGAGGUCGUCGAUUACUUGAAAGGAGGUUUCCUAAACAAAGAGUUGUUGGCGUCCAUUGGCCAUCAGGAAGCCGAGCGCCACUUUCAGACGCUUCUCACCUGCCUGUCGCAUCCCCCGUCAUACACUUGCGUCCGGGCCAGCGUCCACCUGGCGUCCCUGGAAGAGAUUAGACGAAAACUGGGUGAGGAGCUCAAGAAGCAAACGUGUGCAUCUGAGGGUGAGGAGCUUGAGAUCGACACUCAUCCCAGCGUUCCGGAUGUGCUUCUGAUCCCUGUGGUCGGACCGAGAUGUGUGCAGCAGCUCAGCUCCGAGGUGGUGGCAGGUGUGCAAUGCGGCAACGCUGUGCUCAGGGGCGCCCACGUCUUUGCACCCGGAAUACUUGCCUGUCCAAAAUACAUGAAGUCCGGGGACACCGUGUCGGUGUUCUCUGACGUGGAGGGAAAGUGCACCCGAGGAGCAUUCGGCUUUCACGGCAAGAGAACAUUUGUGGGCAACGGUGUGGCCGAAAAGGACCGCACCGACAUUUUCGGCACGGGAGAAACCAUCAGGGGCGUCGGCGUGCGUAUGACGGAACCCCUUUACUGGACUCCCUCCUUUGAUGGAGUCUUACCUCGUCUGGCCUUCUUACAGAACCUUCCAUCUGUGGUGGUGGGCCACGUUCUGGGUCCUCGACCCGGAGAGCGCGUCCUGGACAUGUGCGCCGCCCCGGGGGGGAAGACGUGUCACAUCGCAGCCCUCAUGGAGGAUCGGGGCGAAGUGGUGGCCUUGGACAGGAUCAGAAACAAGAUUGAGCUGAUUCGCCAGAAUGCUGAAAGGCUGCAAUUGAGUAGCGUGAAGGCAUUUUGCUUCAACAGCACCAAAGUCGUAUGCGAUGACAUCAUCGGCGACCGAGAAGGGCCACCCUUCGCUUCUGAGAGCUUCGACCGGGUGCUCUUGGACGCGCCCUGCAGCGGGCUCGGCCAGAGGCCAAACAUGGUGAGCACCUGGAGUCUGAAGGAAGUUUGCUCCUACCCACCCCUGCAAAGAAGCCUCUUCCAUGCUGCGGUGCACGCAUUGAAGCGUGGUGGCGUUCUGGUGUACAGCACGUGCACAGUGACACUGGCAGAGAACGAGGAGCAGGUGGCCUGGGCCCUUCGCACCUUCCCCAGACUCACGCUGCAGCCUCAGGAGCCUCGUGUGGGGGGUGAUGGCAUGCCGGGCGCUGGGCUGACCCCGGAGCAGCUCGGCCUCCUCCAGAGGUUCCGACCAGAGUUGAGCUGGGAGGCUGCCGCCACGACGCCCCUUGCCAAAAGGGCAGACGGGGACACCAUCGGAUUCUUUAUCGCCAAAUUCCAGAAAAACUGACAAGCUCCCUGAGAGGAUACUUGGGAACAAGAGGACACUUGGAUGCAAAAGGACUGAAAAAGCUGUAGUAAGCAUGUCAGGCCAGUAGGUGGCGAUGUCA